AUGGGGCGCUUCCAGAUCCUACAGACUGCACUGCUGUUGAUUCCUGGGAUGCUAUUUAGUUGUCACGUUUUAAUACAGAACUUCAUUGCAGUGGUACCAGAGCAUCACUGUCGGCUCCAGAACCAGACAAGUGCCAAGUCUCCUUUCCUGGGAGAUGGCAGGGACAGGGACCUGCUGCAAGUAUCUAUUCCCAUGGAUAAGAGUGGGAAGCCAGAGACAUGUCUGAGGUUCACUGAGCCUCAGUGGCAGUUCCUGAAUCCAAAUGGCACAGAGCAGGCAAGUCUGGACACUGAGGACUGCCUGGAUGGAUGGGUCUAUGACAAGAGUGUCUUCUCUUCGUCCAUUGUUAUCGAGUGGGAUCUGGUGUGUGAACGGAAGUCACUGCCAUCAAUUGCUCAGGCAAUAUAUGUAGGAGGACAGCAGGCAGGAAGUGUUGUUUUUGGGAUACUCUCUGACAGGUUUGGGAGGAGGACAGUGCUGCUGUGGUCCUCUCUGAUGGCCAUGAUUGCUGGUGCCUGUGCAGCCUUUGUGCCCACCUUUGCUGGCUAUGUCUUAUUCAGAUUCCUCACUGGUGCUGGGUUAAUUGGCAUCAUCCUCACCAGAAACUGCUUGACUUUAGAGUGGACACCUCCUGAGAAACGGAUCCUUGUGACCACUUGUAAUGCAUAUGCCUUCCCUUUGGGAGCAAUUCUACUGUCUGGAUGGGCCUACCUGGUCCGAGAAUGGCGCUGGCUGCAGUUUUCCACUUCAGUCUCAUUUGGGAUCAGUCUUCUUUUGGCCCUGUAUGUGGACAGGACAGCAAAUGCAUUAUCCAGUCAGGCCCUCCCAGAAUCUGCUCGUUGGCUAAUCACCCACAACAAUCUCCAGGCUGCUGUGAAGACCCUUCAGAAGGUGGCAUGGAUAAAUGGCCAGAAGGAACAGGGGAGCAACCUCACUCCAGAAGUAGUAAUGUCGCACAUUCAGGAGGACCUUACAACUGUGAAGCCUAAGUAUUCUCUCAGAGACCUUUUCCAGACCCCAGGCAUGUGCAAGAUGACUUUGUGUGUCAUGUUUGGGUGGUUUGCUUGUGGAUUCUCCUUUUAUGGAAUGAAUUUGGACUUGCAGAAAUAUGGGUUCAGCAUUUACUUGGUCCAAGUGCUAUUUGCACUCAUAGAUUUCCCAACAAGGUUGCUUGGAGCUACUAGCAUGUCUCAUUUGGGAAACCGCUUCACCUUCAUCUUCUGUGCAGUUUUCUCUGGAUGCAUGAUCAUCCUUGGCAUAUUUGUGCCUCAAGAUAUGGCUGCCCUUAGGUUGACACUCGGUGUCCUUGGAAAAGGAAGCUUGGGCACUACGUUUUUUUGUGUUCACCUCUACACAUUUGAACUCUACCCAACUGAAAUCAGGCAGAGGGGAAUGAGUGUUGGGAUGUUCAGUGGACGCAUUGGUGCACUGAUGACCACCCUUGUUUUCAUCAUUGGCAGCCAUAGUCCCAUUCUGCAGCCUCUGUUUUUUGGAAUAGUGCCCAUCCUUUCUGCCAUUGGCGUCUUCUUCCUCACUGAGACUCAUGGCCUCCCAUUGCUGGAGACCAUCCAAGAGACAGAAAACAGGAUGAAGAGAGCACAGUCUCUCACAGGAAAUGCCAGUGAAGAUGUACAGGAGAGACCAGCCUUGCUUAUUCCUGAAAUGCCAGAAGCUGAGAGCACAGUUUAA